AUGGCUAGGUCAUCCCACCUGUCCUCUGCCCACAACCUUACACCCACAGUCAUCCACCUGUCCUCUACCCACAACCCUACCCACAGCCUUACAACCACAGUCAUCCACUUGGCCUCUACCCACAGCCUUACACCCACAGUCAUCCACUCCUGUCCCUCGACCCACAGGGUCCUUAAAACCACCACAGUCAUCAAACUUGGCCGUCUACCCACAGCCUUUACAACCCACAGUCAUCCACCAUCGUCCUCGUACCCACAAGCCUUACACCCGACCCCUUCUAGUCCCCCAAAAAUUCCACCUGUCCUAUACCCACAGCCCAUUACAACCCACCAGUCAUCCACUUGGCCAUAUACCCACAGCCUUAACACCCACAGUCAGUCCAACCUGUCCUCUGGUACCCACAACCUUACAACCCACAGUCAUCUAACCCUGUCCUCUACCCACAACCCUACACCACAGCCUUACAACCACAGUCAAAUCCACUUGGCAUCCUUACCCACCAGCCAUUACACCCACAGUCAUCCACUUGGCUCUACCCAACCAACACCCACCAGUUCAUCACCGGUCCUCUGUGACCCACAACCAACCUUACACCCUACAGUCACCACCCCUGUCCUCUUACCCACAACCCAUACCCACAGCCUUACCAACACAGGUCAUCCACUUGGCCUCCUUACCCACAGCCUUACACCCACAGUCAUCCACCUUGGCCUCCCUACCCACAGCCGACACCCACAGUCAAUCCACUUGGCUCCUCUACCCACAGCCUUACACCCACAGUCAUCAACCUGUUCCAUUUAUUACCCACAGCCUUACACCCACCCAAAGUCAGGCCACCUGUCCUCUACCCACAGCCUUUACACCCACAGUCAGCCACUUGGCCUCUACCCACAGCCCUUUACACCCAACAGUCAUCCACCGGUUUCCUCUAGCCCAACCAACCUUAACCUUAACCCACAGUUCAUCCACCUCCGUCCUAUACCCACAACCCUACCCACAGCCUUACAACCACAGUCAUCCACUUGGCCUCUACCCACAGCCUAUUACACCCAACAGUCAUCCAACUUGGCUCCUUACCCACAACCUUUCACCCACAGUCAAUCCACCUGGCUCCUCUGCCCACAACCUUACACCCACCAGUCAUCACCUGUCCUCUACCCACAACCCUUACCACAGCCUUACAAACCCACAGUUUCAUCCACUUUGGCCUCUACCCACAGCCUUACAUCCACAGUCAUCCCAACCUGUCCUCUACCACAGGCCCCUUACACCCACAGUUCAUCCACUUGGCUCUACCCACAGCAUUUACACCCACAGUAUCCAUCUGUCCUCUUACCCACAGCCUUACACCCCACAGUCAUCCACCUGUCCUCCUUACCCACAGCUCCUUACACCCCCCACACAUUCCCAUCCACUGGCCUUAACCACAGCAUUACACACACCAGUCCAUCCACUGUCUCUGCCCACAACCUUGACCCACCCCAGUCAUCAACCUGUGUCCUCUUACCCACAACCUACCCCACAGCCUUACAACCACAGUCAGCCAACUGGCCUCUACCCACAGCAUUACACCCAAACCCCCAGUCAAUCCACCUUGGCUCUCCCACAACCCUUUCUACCCACAUCCAUCCACCUGUCCUCCUACCCACUAACUUACACCACAGUCAUACCACCUGUCCUCUACCCAACCAAACCUUACCCACAGCCUUACAACCAACAGUAUCCACUUGGCCUCUACCCACCAGGCCUUACACCCACAAGGUCCCAUCCACUGUCCACCCUACCCAGCCUUACACCCACAGUCAAUCCACUUGGCCUUCUACCCACAAGCCUUUACACCCACAGUCAUCCACCUGUCCUCUACCCACAAGCCUUACACCCACAGUCAAUCCACCUGUCCUCUACCCACAGCCUUACACCCACAAAGUCCCAUCCACUUGGCUUACCCACAAGCCUUACACCACAAGUCCAUCCACCUGUCCUCUGAUUACAAACCUUACACCCACAUUCAUCCACAUGGUUCCUCCAUACCCACAACCUACCACAGCCUUACAAAAACCCACAGUCUUCCAUUUGGCCUACCUACCACAGCCUUACCUACUCACAAGUCCAUCCACUUGGCCUUUACCACAACCUUUCACCUACAAGUCAUCCCAACCUAGGGGUCCUCUACCCACAAGCCUUACACCCACAGUCAAUCCCACCUGUCCUCCUACCCACAACCCUACCCACAGCCUUACAACCCACACCUCACCACCCACAGUCAUCCACCUUGGCCUUCUACCCACAAGCCCUUACACCCACAGUCCAUUCCACUUGCCUUAUCCACAGCUUACAACCCACCAGCAUUCCACCAGUCCUUACCCACCAGCCUUACACCCACAAGUCAUCCACCUUAGCCUCCUCACCACAGCCUUACACCCACAGUCCCAUCCAACUUGGCCUUACCCACAGCCUUACCAUCACAGUCAUCCAACCUUGGUCCUCUACCCACUAGCCUUACAACCCACAGUCAUCCACCUUGGCCUCUACCCACAGCCUUACACCCACAUCAUCCACCUGUCCUCUACCCACAGCCUACACCCACCAGUCAUCCACUUAGCCUCUACCCACAGCCUUUACACCCACAGUCAUCCACUGGACUCCUACCCGCCUUACAACCACAGUCCAUCCACCUGUGUCCGUUACCCACCCCAGCCUUACAUCCCACAGUAUUCACUGGGCCUCUACCAACACAGCCCUACCACCCACAGUCAUCCAACCUUGCCUCCUACCCAAAACCUUACACACCCACAGUCCAUCCAUUUGGCCUUCUACCCACAACCGUUCAUCCCACCACCUUACACCCACCAGUCAUCCACUGGGCCUCUACCACAGCCUACACCCACAGUCAAUCCAUUUGGCCUCUACCCACCGCCUUACACCACAGUCAUCCACUUGGCCUAUUACACAAAGCAUUUACACCCCACAGUCCAUCCACUGUCCUUACCACAGCCCUUACACUCCACCCUUUCCAGCCAAUUGAGGCCUCUACCCACAGCCUUACACCCACCAGUUUCACCCACUUGGCCUCUACCACAGCCUUACCCCACAGUCAUCACCUGUCCUCUACCCACAGCCUUACACCCACAGUUCAAUCCACUUGGGCCUCUACCCACAAGGCCUUACACCCACAGUUUCAUCCACCUUGCCUCUACCCACAAGCCUUCACACCCACAGUCAUCCAACUUCGCCUCUACCCACAAGCCUUACACCCACAGUCCAUCCACCUUUGGCCUCCUUACCACAAGCCUUACACCCACAGUCAUCACCUGGACUAUACCACACCCUUACACCCACAGUCAUCCACCCCUUAAGGCCUCCUUAACCACAGCCUUAACCCACAGUCAUCCACUUGGUCCUUCUACCCACAACCUUACACCCACAGUCGAUCCUACUUGGGCCUCUACCCAACAGCCGUUACCAACCCACAGUCAUCCACUUGGCCUCUACCCACAAGCCUUUACACCACACCCAUACAAUAAACCUUGCCUCACCCCAAGACUUUACACCCCCAACCAGUCAUCCACUUUGGCCUAUACCCACAGCCUUACACCCACAGUCAUCCACCUUGCUCCUUACCCACAGCCUAUACACCCACCCCAGGUUAUCCACCGUCCUCUACCACCAGCCUUACAACCACGUCAUCCACCUUGGCCUUACCCACAGCCUUACACCCCACAGUCAUCCACACCUUGGUCCUCAUAA